AUGCUUUUAACAAAGACUGCAAUACCAGGGAGACUGCAGAAUAUCGGUUAUCUGACUGUGGAUGUUUUCCUAACCGGCAGAAGGGAUAGUUUUAAAAGGACUUUCAUCCUGCUCAUCACCUGCGGCUUCUCCAGCCUCCUGCUGAGCUCCCUGCUCCUCCUUUACCUUCUGUUUACCUUGAACUAUGAGGUAGCAGUCGCCGGAGGGAUUACUGGCUGCUUUGCAACACUACUGACAAUCGUCCUCUUCCUUUCAAAAAGAUUACGGUGCCUGGGGACUCUACUUGUGAUUUCUAUUUUCUUGAAGAAGAGUCGGAACCUGCUUCUGACAGCUGGGACCAGUUUGGUCAUUCUUAGAAAUGUACGCAACACCUUGGAGAACCUCACAGGACUGAUCAGGAGUUUGAUCUGCAACCUAAAGGUUAAGAAGGCAGCCAUCAUUGCACCAUUCAGUAAUUAUGUGAAGAUGUUAAAGUGGCUUGGAACUAUGCUCAAGGGGGUAACAGAUUUAGGGGUUUUGAACCUUGACUCCAAGCUUAAGGUUUCACCCAGACUGGAAUCAGAACACCUCUUUGUGCUUAUAAUGUUUUUAUUGCUGCACAUAAAAAAAUUCUGCUAUGACAUGAAAUACAAAAACAGCUUCAUCAGCAGCAAAUUUGUACGAUUCGAUGAGAAGCAGAAGGCAGAAGGAAAGCCACAUGUCCUCCCCCUCACACCAGACGAAGAGAAGCUGUACACUCCUGUCCUCUCCGCCUGCCUCUCCGCCAAAGAGGGGAAAGCUAUGCUGAAAUUUGGCAUUCCACUUGUCUCCCAUUUAGUUGCUUGGGUCAUAUUUAUUAGCGUGGAUGCUGUGUUGUACUGUUUUGUGGAUAUUGUAACGACAAAGUUGUCUGAGCUGGAACCAUUCCAUGUGCCAUUUUUAAUGAGUAUCAAAGGGAUUGCAACUUUAAUAGGUAUACCAUUGGUUGAGGAAACCCAUAAAGAAGACUUUUCCUACACUGUGACCCUGUUUGAGAAAAAGUGUCUCCCUAAACCCAAGCUGCUGCUUCAUAACUCUGUCGUUCCUUUGGCUGCUAUUGUGCUCACCCUGCUCAUUAUGGCUCUGAUGGCUGCUAAAAUGGCCCAGAUCAGACUCAUGGUCUGUGAGCAAUUCUUCUCCAUCGCUGCCGAGGAGAGAGUGGAAUACCUGCAUGCCAAAAUUCUGAGAAAGCGAUUAAAAAAGAAGAGAAAAAUAACCUUCAGUCUUGCAUCAGUCUUGAAAAAGGCACAAUUUUGGUGCCCUCUGCUCUUCAGGCCCAAAGAAGAUUCACUAAGUAUCAAAGAGAGGCUUUCUGCUACUUGAUUAUGUUGUGUGAAGAAAAAGCAUACAAAAUCAUGUACAAAUGCCUCUUGUGAGGACAUUUUUUAUGCUUUUAAUUCAACUAUUAGCUCUGGCUCAUCAUACUUGAAAAUGUUAAAAACCGUUAAGUCAUUAAGAUAUAGUGACACUUACAAGCUAUACAACUACUGCUCAGUUCUCAUUUGUGUGACUCUGUGGAGACAAAUAAUGUAUUUUUUGUUGUUGACAGGCAACAUCUGUUUGUAAAAAUCAUCAGUCAAAAUCAUUGUGAAGCUGUUGUGUCUAAUACUGUGGAUCAUGUAUCAUACAGUAUAUCUGAUAAGCUGCUUUCCAUUAUUUCUGAUGGUUCCUAAAGCUGAUUCAAGUCUUUCUGGUGGUUGUUUUAUGUGCUUUUUAAAAUCAAUUCUUCAGGAUGAGAUUUUAACUUGUAUUCGAGAAUCAACAGGCUCUCUGCUGUUGAUUCAGGGCACUCAUGUUUCAAUCAGGAGAGACACAGUUUGAAGAUUAAAUGUUAUUUAUUACAACUUAAUGAACAAUGAAACUUGACAGUAAUCUUUGGUGUAAAGACUCUAUGGGGAUCAUUUAGUGAGAGUAGGAUGUGUGAAUUUGGCAGCAGAAGAAAUCCCCCUGGAGUCCAGACUCUGGUGGUGGUUGAUGAA